UUGAAUUUAUAUUAUAUUGACUCCAAGUCUAGAGAUACUUAAAAAAACGGUAACUUGAAAGCAUAAAAACAUUUAUAAAACUUUUUGGUUUAGAAUACCUGAUAUGAUUAAAGGUUAAUUUUUAUCGUGUAUGUUAAAAAAAUGGACGAAGAUGUAGCAGAUGAUAUCGAUGGCUCCAUUCAUAGUAUUCACGUCCGUAACUUCUUUUGUCAUGAAAACUUAGAAAUAAAUUUAAACAGAAACGUAAAUUUUAUUGUUGGUCGAAAUGGCAGUGGCAAAAGUGCAAUUCUGACGGCUUUGGUGGUCGGUUUGGGAGGUAGAGCUUCUGCUACAAAUCGUGGAAACAACCUGCAUUCAUUUAUCAAAAAAGGCUCCAACUCUGCCACCGUGGAAAUAAAAAUUAAGAAUAGCAGUCCAAAAGCCUACAAGCACGAUAUUUAUGGAGAUUACAUUACCAUAGUUAGAAAUAUAAAUGCAUCAGGUGGCUCCAGCUAUAAAGUAAAAUCUGCCACAGGUGAAGUGAUUUCAACAAAAUUUGAAGAAGUAAACACUAUAAUCUUAGCCCAUGACAUACAAGUGGACAAUCCUAUCUCUGUGCUCAAUCAGGAUGAUGCGCGUAGCUUCCACGCAUCUGAUGCUAAGAAGAUAUAUUCAUUGUUCCGUAAAGCAACAAAUCUCGAUCAAACAGAAGGGAAUUACUUGAGGUCACUUGAAAACUGUAAGAAGGCUGUCUCUAUCUGGAACAGAAAAAAUGAAGCCUGUGCAGAAUUGGAGAAAGAAUAUCAAAAGUGGAAAACAAGUUACGAACAGAUGCAGUCACGUGACGAAAUUGAAGCACAAAAACAAGCUUUACAAAAUGAAUAUUAUUGGAGUGAAGUAGCGGAGCUCGAAAAAGAGGUGGAUAACAUACAAAAACAACACGACAAACAGAACGAAAAAUGUGAAAGACUAUUGGCAUCCUUGCGCAGGAUGGAGGAAGAGUUUGGUGGCGAGAGCAGCGUAAUUGCUACACUAAAAGCGCAACUGGAAGAGAAGACAAAGAAGAGGUCAGUUCUGGAGCGCGAGGUGGAGCAGGCGGAGGGCGAGGUGCGCGAGUUGCAAGCCGCCUGGCGCGCGGACCAGCUCGCUAACGCCAAGCUGUACAAGUUGCUCGACAGGGAGCGCACCAAGGUCACCGACUUGGAGAGGGAGAUGAGAGAGAAUUUCCAGUGUGAGGACGCGGCGGGGAGGCGGCGGCUGCUGGAGCAGGCGCUGGAGGCGGCGGAGCGCGAGGCGGCGGCCAUGCGCGCGCGCUUCGACACCGCGCAGCACGACGCCGCGCAGGCCCGCGCUCACGCUGCGCACGCGCAGCAACCUGCAGAUGCAGCCGCAGCGCGCGCUCAGCAACAGCGCAACACUAUCAAGCAGUUGAAGCAGCAGUUACGCGAGCUGGAGUCGCGCGGCGGAGACUCGCUGGCGGUGUAUGGCGGGCAGAUGGUGGAGCUGUGCCAGCGCGUGCGCCAGGCGGCCGAGGCGGGACACUUUAGCGCUCCGCCCCGAGGACCCGUCGGACAUUAUCUGAAGUUGAAAGAAAAGAAAUGGGGAGGCGCUAUCGAGCAUAUCAUCGGUGGUGCGAUAAAGAAUUUUUGCGUCAACAACGUCGAAGAUUCCAGAAAACUGUUCGAUAUUAUGAAGCAGGUGUACGGCAGCAGCUCGAAGCCGGGUGUGACAUGCAGCGAGUUCCUGAGCCGGCAGCACGAUGUGAGACGCAGCAAAGUGCGGGCGGCGGCCGGCGUCUGCGCACUCGACGCGCUGCACGUCCCAGAUACUGUCGUCGCCAACUUCCUCAUAGACAACCUCGCCAUUGAGACCAUACUCCUCGUCGCCGAACACGAGGAUGCGGUGCGUCUGGCGGAUACAGAGGAGAAUGUACCGGAGCGGUGCUCCAAGAUCGUGACGCUGGACGGCACCGAGUACCAUCCUGCGCCCAACUACCGCAGCUACGGCGGUGCAGCGCGACCUCUGCGCUUCUUACAUCUCAGCACAGCCGAGAGGAAGAAGCAGAUAAUGGGUGAGAUUGAAGAGGCUGAGAGAGUGCUGAAGGAGAUGGAGAUGAAGGCGGAGCAGCUGAAUGUAGAAGCUGCGAGGGCGAGGGGUAUGGAGCGCGAGGCGUCGCGUGCGCUGCAGGCGCUGCUGGCGAGCCAACAUGAGCGCGAUGAGGCUGUGCGUAGUGCACGAGCCGCACUCGAACUGCAGGCAGCGCCGCUACAGUCCGUACUGAUGGAAGAAUUGAAAGUGUCAAAAGAGAAGUUAAAGACAUUGAACGAGCAGGCGGAGGUGUGCGCGGCGAAGGAGAGUGAGUUCAAACAGAAGAUACAAGAGCGGCAAGAGAUAUUGAACAGUGUUAAACCCAAGCUGGAGAAGGUCACCGCCGCAUGCCGCAAUCUUGCUGACGAGAUAGAAGAGGAGCAGCUGAAGGUGGAGCGCGGGGUGUCUGAGCGGCGCGGGCUGCAGCAGCGCGAGCGCGAGGAGCGAGACAAGUUGGUGCGCGUCGCUGACGUGCUGCAGGAGCGCCGCGCUGAACUGGACAACAAGGUGCAGCUAGCAAACAACAUAUGUCCUAGGACUGAACAGACCAGAGACAAGGCGAUCCUGGUGAACGAGCUGAAGAAGGUGCAGCUGAAGCUGAGGUCUAUCCGUAGCGACGGGUUGAGCCGAGCCGAGGUGGCGGAGCGGCUGCUGGCCGUUGAGCGCUCAUAUCGCCGCACCAAGCGCGCCCUCGACAGCCUGCGACAGCUCAUAGACGAGAUAAAGGCCACUACGAGCAAACAUCUGAAAUUGUGUCACAAAGUGCAGUCGCUGAUAGCGCGCCGCGUACAGCACUGCUUCCAGUCGAUACUCACACUUAGAGGGUACUCGGGUCAAUUAGAGAUUGACUAUGCGAACGAGUCGUUGCGCAUAGCGUGCGCUGGUCGCGGCGGGGGCGGGGCCGAGGGCGGGGCUCGCCGCGCCGCCUCCACUGCCUCGCUGUCGGGCGGCGAGCGCUCCUACUCCACUGUCGCCUUCAUCAUGGCGCUCUGGGAGUGUGUCGAGCUGCCCUUCUACUUCAUGGACGAGUUUGAUGUUUUUAUGGACAAUGUGAACCGCAAGGUGGUGCUGGAGCUGCUGGUGGCGCACGCGCGGCGCAGCGCCGGCAGACAGUUCGUGUUCCUCACGCCGCAGGACGCCUCCGCCGUCACAGCCUCCUCUCACGUCACCAUACAUAUGAUGGCGGACCCUCGACCGUAGUACAAAGAUGAAGAAACAAUAUGACUUUUGUUUACUCGUACGAGUGUUAUUUUAUAA